AUGGAUGCCGAUAUCGCAAUCGUCGGCGCAGGAAUUGUGGGGUCUGCAGCCGCCUACUUUCUUUCAUCGUCAUCCCCCGAUCCGAAGAAGAAGAUCGUCCUUAUCGAUCGUGCCUUUACCCCGCUCAAAGGCUCAACAGGCCAUGCCCCUGGCUUUGUGGGCCAAUUCAACGUCUCCGAUGUCCUCACCCGACUAGCCAUUGACACCGUCAAUGAGUAUGUUCAAAUUCCCGACGGGUUCGACACGGUGGGAGGAUUGGAGAUAGCGACCAGUCAGGAGGGUGCCGACAAGCUGAGAAGCCGAUAUGAAUCAGCGAAAGCUAUCGGGAUGCCGGCCGAGCUCAUCUCUCCCCAACAGGCGGCACAAUUUGCCCCGGAACUGGUGCGGGAGGAAGAAACGGUUGCUGCGCUGUAUUUUCCGAAAGACGGGACUGCAAAUGCAGCUCGGAUUACGUCUUUCUACCAGGAAAAGGCUCGAGCAAAUGGAGUUGUGUUCCUCGAAGCAGAUGUACAGGAGAUCCUGUACGAUGCCGGCCAUGCCAAAGGUGUGCAGACAUCCGGUGGAUUGGUGCAAGCGGGCACUGUGGUCCUUGCAACCGGGGUCUGGGCCACUGACCUGUGCAAGUUCGAUGUGCCCAUUCCCAUCAUUCCGGUCGGUCAUCCUUAUAUGUAUGGACCACGGCAUACCCAGCCAAAGACAUGCAAGAUGCCAUUUGUGAGAUGGCCAGAGCAUCAUGUGUACGCCCGAGACCAUGGUUCGUUCUACGGGCUGGGAUCAUAUAACCAUGCGCCCGUGUGCGUGAAACCAGAGGAGACCGCGAUUGGAACAUGGAUCGAGCAGUUCGAUUCCACACUGGAGGACGGCCGGGCCUUGCUGCCCAUCAGCCACGAGCUCACCCCGAGCGACAAGUUCAACGGCAUUUUUUCAAUGACUCCCGAUAACCUGCCGCUGGUGGGCAGCGUUUCCUCGGCGCCAGGAGUCUAUCUGGCGGCGGCGAUUUGGGUGACCCAUGCGGCGGGAACAGCCAAGUUCUUGACAGGCCUGAUUCAAGGAGCGCCGGUUGAUGAGACAAUCAAAGCCAAGCUUGAUCCCAACCGAUUCCGGGGGAGGGAUAGGGAAUCUCUCAAACAAGAAUCCCUUGACGGCUAUAAUAACAUCUACAAGACAGGCAACAAACAAUAG